ACUGUGUCUUUUUAUGGGAGGGGUCUCGGUCGUACUCGUACAUGCUAGAAAAUACAGUGUCUUUAUCCGUUAACUAGAAAAUAUCACGCCGGGAAAGAAAUUGUAUAUGUACUGCGAAAAUCUACGGAGUGAUUUGGUUAAUUGUUUUAUCUCUGCCCAGAUAUAAAACAUCGAGGAUAUUUCUGGAAGAAACAAACGCUCGUGAAUGAAUGUUCUCGCCCGAAAUCUUUCUUUCCCUUUCCCUCAAUCCCCGCCCCAAAGUUCAUCGUUCCCCAUAACAUCUCUCUUUACAGGCUUUACAGUUCAUGGCUGUUGUUCAGGGCGAGGGGGGAAACAAGCUUGAAAUCGGAGAGCUUUAUGAAGGAAUAUGUCAAGUUUAAAAAUCGUGUCGGUAAUGCACUUGUUUGCUCUACGACUCUACGACUAGGAACGAUGGAUCCUGAAUCAAGAAAUGAGAAGGUGCGCCAAGAUUAAAAACAAAAAGCUAAAUAAUGAAUAUCUGCGGUACAUUUGUGCUGCUGUCGACACACCACAAGACUUAUAAUUCAUUCAAGUAGAACGUCAGUCAUACACGCCUCUCUGUUUUCGCACAUGGCAGCUAUGGGUAAAACAAGCCAAGACGACGUUUGCUACGUUGUCGCGAAGUACGAUUACGAGGCUCAGGGUCAACAGGAAUUGGACCUUCGGAAGAAUGAGCGAUACCUUUUGCUGGACGACUCGAAGCACUGGUGGCGUGUUCAGAGUGCCCGAGGACAGGCUGGCUACGUUCCCAGCAACUACGUCAAAAAGGAGAAGCCCUCGAUUUUCGACAGCAUCAAGAAGAAGGUCAAAAAGGGCUCGGGUUCGAAAACCCUCCCCACGAGUAAUUCGCCUUCCCGGGCCGUCGAGUCACCCAUCAUGGCCAGGCGAGUGCCCGCCGAUCCGAGCGAAGCAAUCGGAACGGCGGUAGUCAAAUACAAUUACCAGGCACAGCAGACUGACGAGCUCUCCCUGGCAAAAGGCACGAGAAUUCUGAUCCUGGAGAAGAGCAACGAUGGCUGGUGGCGAGGGCAGAGCGGCAAUCAGGCCGGAUGGUUUCCCUCGAAUUACACGCAAGAGGAGGGCGACGCGGACGAGAAUCUGCACACGUACGCCAUGGCAGAAAACGUCCUCGACAUUGUCGUCGCCCUCUACUCGUUCUCCUCGAACAACGACCAGGAGCUCUCCUUCGAGAAGGGAGACCGACUCGAGAUUCUGGACCGUCCACCCGCAGACCCCGAAUGGUACAAAGCCCGAAAUGGCCAGGGUCAGAUCGGCCUCGUUCCCAGGAACUAUCUCCAGGAGCUGAGCGAGUACCUGACGCAGCCGUACCGAGGCGAGCGAGGCAUCGGUAUGGGAAUGGGGAUGGGGGGAAUUGGGAUUGGAGGCAUGCCUGGCAGCAAUGAAAUGGGGGGAGUCGAGAGUUCGCUGGAGAGAAGGCCCGAUCCUGGAGACCGACCUCAUCUUGUCGGCAAGCCUUGGUACUACGGGAGAAUCACUCGCCUCCAGUGCGACUCACUCUUGAAUCAGCAUGGACACGAUGGUGAUUUUUUAAUACGAGAUAGCGAAACAAAUAUGGGAGACUACUCGGUGUCACUGAAAGCGCCAGGACGCAACAAGCACUUCAGGGUACACGUGGAGGGCGCCUUGUACUGCAUCGGGCAGAGGAAAUUCCACACGCUCGACCAGCUAGUAGACCAUUACCAGCGAGCGCCCAUUUACACGAACAAGCAAGGCGAGAAACUCUAUCUGGUGCGACCUCUCCCAAAGGGACCUCUUCCCACCAGUAACGGCUGCUAACUUUACAACAACAACAACAUCAUCAUCAACAGCAACAAUAAUAAUUAAAUAAUUAAUGAAUUAAUUACUAAGAAUAAUUUGUCCUCAGUAAUGACGCGCUUUAGGAUAAAUAAUCGUUGAACGCGAUUGACGCCUGCCUCUAGUUAGGUAUAUCGAUAUCAUCAUCCCUCUCGUACAUAAAAAUACAUGCAUACGUACAUACAUACAUACAUUUAUACAUAAACGAUGAUUAACAUAAUUAUUGAUUGACAAUUCGAUCGAUUCUACGGAUAUUAGUGUUUGUCCAGCAGUUUAUCAAUCAAGUCAAUAAUAAUAAUUCAUUGCUGUUAAAUCCAACUACAAUGAGACUCAUGCUUCCUUCCGAACUAUUAGCGAAAUGGCAGCUAGGAGAUGAUUUUUUUUCUUCUGUACUUUGUAUCAUUUUUUGUUUUCUGUUUUUUUGUUUGUUUUCAUUUUUAUUGUCUAAAGUCGAGGCUCCUCCUCACUCUUCUUCAUUGCGAAUGCAAAUGCAACUGCCUCCAGAUUGACUUGAGCGACCUCUUUCCCAAAACGGGGUCGACACUCGGCUAGUUGCAACACACACAAACACAAAGUGAGGAGUCCCGACAUUAGUUUGUCUGUUUUCAUAUCUGUGUAACAAAUAUAAUUGUGAUGCAGCGACGAAUCACGUUUAUACAUUUAUUACUCGUACAGUACAGGGCACUGCACUAUUCUAGCCUGCAAGUACAUAUAACGAACAAGUAAUGAUAUAGUUAUAAUAUGCAAGUAUGAACGAUCUACCAGUAUCAUAAGUAAAAAAAAAA